UAGAUGAGAGUUGCGAAGAGCAACAGAUGCCGGACUCAGGGGAUGUAACCCAAGCAAUGGACGACAAUGAGACUAAGCUUAAAGAUAGAAUUGCGCAAUGCAAAAAUAUUAUAGAAUCAUUGAAAUGCGAACUGAACGUUGAGAAAGCCAAACUGGAAAAGGAAACUAAAGGUCAACAGUUACCAUACGCACAACAACCCUACGAGACGAUGUCUACCCAUAACACAGGGUAUUACACCGUAUCAACUUCUGAUAAUCUAUUGGCAGAUUUCACUUAUGAUAGCAACAUGUAUAGUGCUUGUGUUGACAGCAAAUUGAACUGUGACGAAAAUCUAAUGGAAUAUGAGAAGCAGCUGGAAAAAUAUCAAAACACUUUGAAUAUGGCUCAAAUUGAAAAGAAGAACGCCAUUAGAAAACAAAUGUUGGCAAAAGCUUAUAGGCUGAAACUUCUGGAGGUGGAGAACCAGUGUAAUAUAGAGCUACUUCGCGUGAAACAGAGUUUACAGUGUCUUGAGCCGUUGCAGAUGAUUGCUAGCAAGUGGCAGAAUGAGCCUGAUGACGCUUCUUACAACCUGGAUAAGUUCGAAUUAAUGCCUCGCUUUCCAGAACUAAGUGCUAAUGUUGUUAGCGAGGUUGAGGAAAAAGAAGAGAUUGAGAAUAAGGCGGACGCUGGUUCUAAAAAUGACUCCAUCGCGUCUGAUCUGGAAGACAAUGACCAAAAAUAAACGAGUGCUCUUACUGUA